CACGACAAUUAAAUAAAUUAUAAAUAAUAAAAAAUAAAAUAUUCGUUCGGUUUAUGAAACUGAAUUUUUUUUUAUAAAAAUGUUAUAAAAUAUUGAAAAAUAUUGAUAAAUUUAAGUAAAAAGUGUUUCAGUGUGGUUAAGAGAUUUACAACGAACAAAGUAAAAUUUAAUUUAUUUUAUAUUAAAAUAAAAUUAAAUAAUUUUACAUAAUAUUUGUUAAAAAAGGAAUAUAUUUGACAAAAAAGUUGCCUUAACUGCUUUUGUUUGAUUUUUUUAAAUAAAAAAAUUAUAUAAUUUUAUCAAAAGUUUUUAAAAAAGACAAUGGAUUCGGACAAAGUAGUACGCGCCAUGGCGCGUUGGUGGCAGACUGUUAGUCAGGAAGAUAGUGAUCCACAUGCCCGCAAUCCCAUGCUGUAUGAUCCACUUCAGGAUGGUGUGGUUAAAACUUCUAAGAAAAUGCAAUAUGUGGCUGCCUUAAUAGUGUGUCUCGGUGCCGUCUCAGCGGGUACCGCACUUGCCUGGACUUCACCCGUUCUACCACAAAUCAGUGCUCCUGAUACGAGUACAAAUGCAACAGUUAGUAAUUCAACCGAUACUAAUACAUCAGAAUUGCAAUUGACAUUAAGCCAACAGACCUGGGUUAGUUCCUUGCUGGCUAUAGGAGCCUUUUUAGGAGCUUUACCAACAGGUUACGUUGCUGAUGCUAUUGGUAGACGUUACACCGCCUUGGCUAUGGAUAUUCCUUUUAUUGUCGCCUGGAUUUGUAUUAUUUUCGCCAAAUCUGCUGGCAUGUUAUAUUUUGCACGUUUUACUAUUGGUCUAGCUACUGGCAGUUUCUGUGUAGUUGCUCCUAUGUAUAUUUCAGAAAUUGCUGAAGAUAGUAUAAGAGGCACUUUGGGUACGCUAUUUCAGUUAAUGUUGACUUUUGGCAUUCUGUUGGUGUAUUUAAUUGGUGCUGUUGUCACCUGGACUACAUUGAGUGUAUUGUGUUUGAUGGUGCCAUUGGCUUUGUUUUUGGGCAUGUUAUUUCUGCCGGAGACUCCUACAUAUUUAUUGAAGAAGGGACGUCGCGGUGAUGCUGCUUUGUCGCUUAAAUUUCUCUGGGGUCGUUAUUGUGAUUCUCGCUCGGCCAUUCAACAAAUCCAAGCAGAACUAGAUCAGGCCGGUAGUAAUGCCUCGUUCAUGGAUCUCUUUCGUAUACGUGCAGCACGUAGAGGUCUCAUAAUUUCCAUGUUACUCAUGUUUUUCCAGCAGUUCUCUGGCAUCAAUGCGGUCAUCUUUUAUACAGUACCUAUUUUCCAGUCAGCCGGCAGUACUCUAGAUCCUUCAAUCUGUUCAAUUAUUGUGGGUUUUGUACAGGUCGUUAUGACAUUGGCGUCUUCCGUGAUGAUUGAAAGAGCCGGUCGCAAGUCCCUGUUGCUUUUCAGUAGUACCAUUGUAACUAUUUGUUUAGUUAUUUUGGGUGCUUAUUUCAAUAUGAAAGAAAACGGUAAAGAUGUCUCCUCUUUAGGCUGGUUACCAUUACUCUGUGUGGUCUUGUUUAUGGUAACAUUUUCGGUAGGUUAUGGUCCUGUGCCUUGGCUGAUGAUGGGUGAACUUUUCUUGCCUGAUGUUAAAGCCACCGCUGUAGCUCUUACGGUCAUGUCCAAUUGGUUUUCGGUAUUUUGUGUAACGAAAACUUUUGGUUCCAUGAUCACUGCCUGGGGUUCUGACAUGACAUUUUGGUUUUUUGCCUUUUGCAUGCUGAUUGCCACCAUUUAUGUUUAUUCAAUGGUAUUGGAGACAAAAGGCAAAAGUUCAGCUCAAAUACAAAUGUGGUUGGGCGGUGAUAAAUAAACUAAUGUCAGAGAUUAUUUAGUUAUUAUUUUAAUUUUGUUUUAGUUGUAAUUAUUUAAAGUAAUUUAAAGUUUCUUGUAGUUUAUAGUUUAGAUAAAUUUUUAAUUUGUAUAUAAAACAGCUUAACACCAAAUUAGAAAUGAAAUAUAUUUGAAUAAACUAUUUAGUUUAUAGAGUAAAACUUCCCUACUAAAUCGGAAAUAGUUUAGUUAACUUGGUAUACGUAAUAAUAUAUUAAGAAAGCUAAUAAAUAUUUUUUUGAAUUAAUGAAUUUACAAUGAUUGUUAA